AAGACCGGCAAGACCUUUUAUAAAAUCGCGUUCACUGGUGCAUAUGGUGUGGGUAAAACUAGUUUGUUUCGAAGAAUAAUAAAGAAAGGUUUCACAGAAGAUAAACCACCAUCAGCCACAGAAAAAGGCAAGCAUGAGGAAAUAUUUAAAAAAGAUGAAACUGUUAUUCCGAUGGAAAUUUGGGACACAGUUGACAUGGAGAAGCAUGGCAGUAUCACCCAGUCUUAUUAUAGAAAAAGCCAUUUUGUUCUGCUGGUAUACAGCGCAGAUGACGAAUACUCUUUGCAAAAGUUGAUCAGAAUUGCAAAAGAUGUAAAGAACUAUGAACCUGCAGCAAAACUAAUUCUGGUUAGGAAUAAAAUUGACCUGCCAAUUGAUAGUGAUGGCAUUUCAGUUGAAAAGGAGAAGACAUUUCUUCGUGAAAUGGGAAAGAAGAUACUUUUAAAUUUUUGGACAUCUGCAAAGGAUAAUGAAGGCAUCGAAAAUUUACUUAGAAAGCUUGGGAAAUGUUCAUUAGAGAUGUUUAAAAGAAAAGGAAAUGAUAUUGAAAAUAUGGUGAAUGAUCAUUUUAGACCAGGUUAUGAUGACAAUAGGCAGGUGCUAGAGCAAGGUUCCAAGUAUCUUGGGAAUGAGGAGUUUCAAGAUUUAAAUCCUGUAGAAAAUUAUAAAAGACCGGCAAGACCUUAUAAGAUCGCGUUCACUGGUGCAUAUGGUGUGGGUAAAACUAGUUUGUUUCGAAGAAUCAUGAAGAAAGAUUUCAUGGAAGAUAAACCGCCAUCAGGCACAGCAAAAGGCGGACAUGAGGAGAUAUUUGAAAAAGAUGAAACUGUUAUUCCGAUGGAAUUUUGGGACACAGCUGACAUGGAGAGGCAUACCAGAAUCACACGGUCUUAUUACAGAAAAAGCCAUUUUAUUCUGCUGGUAUAUAGCGUGGAUAAAGAAAACUCUUUAGAUGAUUUGUUGGAAAUUGCCACAGGUGUAGAGGAGUAUGAGCCUGCAGCUAAACUAAUUCUGGUUAGAAAUAAAAUUGACCUACCAGUUGGGAGUGAUGGCAUUUCAGUUGAAAAAGAGAAGGAAUUUCUUCAAGAAAUGGGAAACAGGAUACUUUUAAAUUUUUGGACAUCUGCGAAGAAUAAUGAAGGCAUCGAAAAUUUACUUAGAAUGCUUGGGAAAUGUUCAUUAGAGAUGUUUAAAAGAAGAGGAAAUGAUAUUGAGGAUGUGGUGAAUAAUACUUUUAGACCAGGUUGUGAUGACAAUAGGCAGGUGCCAGAACAAGGUUCCAAGUGUUGUUGAGCACCAAUGAAUACCCAUUUCUUUAGUCUAAAUGCAGAUGAUUGUUUUCAUCAACUCUCACCUGCAAUAAACUUGGUUUUAAGCAAUGCAAGGACCAUACUUUUUAAAUGUUCAAGAUUCAAGUCCUUUUCUGCUAUAUGCAGCUCCUAUUUGAUUAAUUCACAGUGGCAAUACUGCAUAGCAGUGGGUCUCUUUAUAAUUAAUACAGCACUGCUUAGAGAUCAAAUUUUGGAAAUUAUUCUAUGGGCCUAUGGAUAUCAUGAUCUUAAAUUAAUGAUAUAGAAAAUUACUAAUUAUCUAAAUCUAAAUAUAAUCAAAUUUAAAAGACAAACAUUAUACAGAAUAAUCUAAAAAAUGAAACUAUUUGUCUAUUUCAAAAGAAAAAGGCUAUUAAUGAAAAGGCUGAAAAAUACACAUAGGGGCUCUAGCCUAUCUAAAGUAAGGGGUGUGGAAAGGGGUCCGCCCCUUCUCGCCGUGCAUAACUAGACAGUUUAGUGUCCACAUGCAAGAUUUGUCAGAGACAUAGGAAAGUCUUUUAUAUCAAGAGAGUUAAAAUGAAUUUUGAGGUCUCUAGAUAUACUAAGAAAUUUUGUGCUAUUUUAGAAAAUCUUUAAUUAGCUAGCGUAAAACUGUUGCGAUAUUUGCUUAAUGUUUAGGUAAAAUAUGUAAUUUCCACAACAGAUUAGUUUUUUCAAAAAAUCACCUUUAUAAUUUCACUAAGACAAUUAUUCACCUUCGAC